AUGCUGACAAGAGGAUCAAGGUGGCCAAGCCAGUGGUGGAGAUGGAUGGUGAUGAGAUGACCCGGAUCAUCUGGCAGUUCAUCAAGGAGAAGCUCAUCCUGCCCCAUGUGGACAUCCAACUCAAAUACUUUGACCUUGGACUCCCACACCGUGACCAGACCAAUGACCAGGUCACCAUCGACUCUGCACUGGCCACGCAGAAGUACAACGUAGCCGUCAAGUGUGCCACCAUCACCCCCGAUGAAGCCCGCGUGGAAGAGUUCAAGCUGAAGAAGAUGUGGAAGAGUCCCAACGGCACUAUCCGGAACAUCCUUGGGGGGACCGUCUUCCGGGAGCCCAUCAUCUGCCAAAACAUCCCGCGCCUGGUGCCCGGCUGGACCAAGCCCAUCACCAUUGGGCGGCACGCCCAUGGCGACCAGUAUAAGUGCACGGACUUCGUGGUGGACCGGGCUGGCACCUUUAAGAUGGUCUUCGCCCCGAAGGACGGCAGCAGCGCCAAGGAGUGGGAGGUGUACAACUUCCCCGCUGGCGGCGUGGGCAUGGGCAUGUACAACACGGACGAGUCCAUCUCCGGCUUUGCGCACAGCUGCUUCCAGUACGCCAUCCAGAAGAAGUGGCCUCUCUACAUGAGCACCAAGAACACCAUCCUGAAGGCAUACGAUGGACGCUUCAAGGACAUCUUCCAGGAGAUCUUUGACAAGCACUAUAAGACUGACUUUGACAAGAAUAAGAUCUGGUACGAGCACCGGCUCAUCGACGACAUGGUGGCUCAGGUUCUCAAGUCUUCGGGCGGCUUCGUGUGGGCCUGCAAGAACUACGACGGAGACGUGCAGUCGGACAUCCUGGCCCAGGGCUUUGGCUCCCUGGGCCUGAUGACCUCCGUGCUGGUCUGCCCAGAUGGAAAGACCAUUGAGGCAGAGGCUGCUCAUGGGACGGUCACCCGCCACUACCGGGAGCACCAAAAGGGCCGGCCUACCAGUACCAACCCCAUCGCCAGCAUCUUUGCCUGGACACGUGGCCUGGAGCACCGGGGCAAGCUGGACGGGAGCCAGGACCUCAUCAGAUUUGCCCAGACCCUGGAGAAGGUGUGCGUCCAGACUGUGGAGAGUGGAGCCAUGACCAAGGACUUGGCGGGCUGCAUCCACGGCCUCAGCAAUGUGAAGCUGAACGAGCACUUCCUGAACACCACGGACUUCCUGGACACCAUCAAGACCAACCUGGACAGAGCUCUGGGCAAGCAGUAGGGGGGAGCGCUGCCCUGGCCACUGCGGUGGACACGAUGGAGCCACGCGGGCAGGUCCACUGGGCCGCAGUGGAGGGUGAGCCCCGCAGCUCCUCUCCAGGGAGCCUGCCCACGAGGCCUUUGUAGGGGACAUUUUUUAUAAGUGAGAUAUUUUUUAAAAGCCUCCCUGUGUUUCCCCUCAUGGAGACGUGAGGCAGGAGUGUCGUGUUUUACCUCAGCCAGUCAGUCUGUCCCGCAUACUGUAACUUCCACUGCCCGUGGAGCACGUGGUGCCGAGUUAGCUACUAAACGCUCUUCACAAACUG